UUACACACACAAAAAUACGAUCCGAGCGGCUAGCUAGGCGCUAGGCACGCAGGGUUCGCACACGCGCGUACGUGUUGUUUGUAAAUUCUCAAAUUGUGGUGCCAAUUUUGGCCAGCUAAUUUCCACAUUUUUGAGCUGGGAAAACGAACGAGCUCGUCUCUGAAGUGACGUGUUUUUACCCGUGGACACUUUGAUGUUGAAUUGGGGAGUAUGUGUGGCCGUGGAAUUGGGCCAAAUUUGUCGUUAAGGAGGUAAUCUCGUCUUGGCAUUGAAAAUUGCAUGUGCUUGUAGAUGAGGCAACCACCCAGUGCUCAAAGCUCCGUGGAUCCCACCAUACAGCGCUACCUCUGAAAUUUGACAUCAACUACACUCUCAAUAUUCACCCUGCCGUCUACAUGGAGAGUGUGAUACCUUCUGUACCCUCGGGGUAAUUUCCAACCAAUCAGGACGCUCCAAUUGUACAGUUUGAACCAGCAUUCAUGACCACUCAGAAAUACAUGUACUUAAAUUGAUGGAUUGAAAUCGUCCACACUCUUACCAGCUCAUCAACAGGUUGGGUCCUGCCAAGUGUUUCGACAGGAUCGUUCAGUUGAUGUGUGGAUGCCGAGACUUGCAGGUAUACCGGCAUCUGUGAUCAUGAACUACGUGCCCAAAAUGCACCCUAUCUCAGGAAUGGCUUGUCUUAGCCACACAGCAACUUUCUGCUUAUUGGCUUUCAGCCUAGCCAGCAUUAUCACGGGUGUAUCAUGUAGCCAGCCGUGCACUCCACAGACGUCACCGCUAUCGCACCGCGUCCACGCCUAUGACAAACAACCCCGGCAAUGUCUAGCAGGCUGCGUCAGUGCGGCCUCCUCGGAUCCCGACGUAGUAGAAGUCCACGUUGUCAACCUCCGUUCCUCAACCGCUCCCACCUCUACCUCAGCCACAGACUCAGAGAGCAGCACGCCGCAAAACCUCGUGGACUUUCACUUUAAGCCCAAACAGGCGGGAUUUUUCGCCCGGUCCCUCGUUUUCGUUCUGAACUCGGCCGAGCCGGUCCGGUGGAGUGUCGAAGGAGAGAAUAUGCUAUCCAUACCCUCAUUUACGAUAAAAAUUGUGGUUCCUCUCCACUCGUGUCAGUCUGUCUCGUGGAAUCCUGGCAUUUCGCUGUCAGUCAACGUCGAAUGUGCAGCGCUACCUCACAACAACUCGGACCUCUUAGUCUUCACUCAGACUCACUACGGCAGCGUCAGCACCUUCAGCGAGGUGUUGGAUGCGAACGCCAUCAGCCUGCUAGUCGGUUCAGGUAUUACAAGUCCCCCGACUUGCAUCAUUCAGUCAGAUUUUCAAACUCCGGACUUCACGGCAAGACACGUCCUUGAGCAGCCAAUCACAGGCUGUCAGGCUCCAAAUCUCCUGGGCCCAUUACAGCCGGAGUUCCAUGUGGUUCUCCUGGGGGACGUCGCCGGUGCCCUUGCCACGGAUACCGGUGAUCCACCGAUUGUGACCCUGGAGCUGCAGCCAGUCCGAAGCACAGACAGCUCGUGUGAUAUCAUCCUGGUCCUGGUGUCGGAGGCUAAUGCGACUUGGAAGGUUAACCCGGGGAGACGACGAGGACUCUUACAAGUCAUGACUCCAAAUAGCGUAGACAUGCGGCAAGAUUUCAUGAAUCGAGUUGAGGAGCAGGAGCUGCCGAGAAACACCGCGGGACUCAUGGCAUGGGCUGAGAUGAAAGAAUGGCCGCUGACGUCAUUCACCAGUGCAGAAUCUGCCAAUGAGUUCAUCAUCUCGAUAGAGCACAAGAAUGCCCCCACCAGAGAGCCUCCCUCCCGUCUCUCCAUCAUCACCCAGUACACCGACACGGACUGCCGGCGAGACGGCAUCACGGUCCGCAUACUACGCAAAGUCAUGGACGCGUUUGACCUGUCAGCUGGCAACAUGAUGCUCCGGGAUCACUCCUGCAAGGCGGUGGAGUCUGGUGACUACUAUGUCAUCGAUACGCAUCGGGAUCAGUGUGGAACCACCAUGACGGUGAUGGAUACCGGACAAGUGGUGUAUCAUAAUGAGGUUAUAUACUCCAACGCAGAGAGCGUAAUAGAAGGGAGCGGGGAGUCUGACUUGGAGAGGUUGAUGGGCGGACUACCGGUGGAUGACGAGCAGUCCCUGACCGCCCAAGUGCCCUUCACCUGUGAGUACGACAGCAAAGGAGAGGUGCUGACCAGCGGCUUGUUUGGCGGUGAGAGAAAGCCCACGAUCACCAUCUCCAUGGAUAUGUACACGGGCAACGACUUUGCCGAGAAGCAGACGACUUUUCCCUUUACUUUCCAGAUUGGAGAGCGGGUCUAUUUUGAGGUCGCUCUGAAGGACAGUCUGCAGCUCAGCAUCGUUCCCAGCCAGUGCUGGCUGUCACCCGGCUCCAGGGCGCUUACUGACAAUCUGCACUUCCUGAUAUACAACGGAUGCGCAAGAGACGAGACAUUGAUAUUCCAUCGUGAUGUCUCAACCUCUGGCCAGUUCAGGCGGUUCAGCUAUGACGUGCCUGACUUGCAGUGGGACGCAUUGUAUUACAUCCACUGUGAGCUGGGUAUCUGCUCCAGAGAUGGCACAGGAAGCAGCCGGGGAAUACCGGUGUGUGAGAGUAUAAUGGAUCCGGACACCGGCUGCCUUGCCAUCAAUAAGCAGAACGGGCUGGUGUUAGACUUCCCCACCCAGAGUCUGUACCUGGGUCCGUACAAGACCUCCACCUCAUCUGUUCUGCCGCAAAAUGAAGGGACCAUCGUCUCCAAAGGUCCAGGAGAAAUUGACGAUGAAAGUAUAGAUUGUGAAGCUGAAGGACUAGGCACAGGGCCAGCUGCAGCCAUAGCUGUAGCCUCGUUUGUCAUGGGAAUGGUGCUAAUGGGAGCCCUAUGGUUCAUACACACGCACACAGGCCCGCACACCGGUCCACCGCCAUCGGCCUCCCCCUGCACAGCCAGCACCGCCAGCUCCCCGUCGGCAAACGGCCACCUGAUGAACGGUCACAUUCCCAACGGCGCUAUCCCCAACGGCACCGUGCCCAGCGGCGCCAUCCCCAACGGUCACAUCCCUGCCGGCUUCAUGGCUAGCAAGCUGAACCCCAACGGAAUCCCGCUGCAAGGGAUGAGACACGUGGACCCCUCACCAGAGGAUGUAUGAGACACGAAGGGGGCUUGGGACGUUGGUCGCAAACGUCAGACCUCCAGACUGGUAACGCAUUCCGAAUCUACCCCAUGCGUUGUAGACCUGUGGUCAUUCCGGUAUCCCCGAGUUGUUUUUUUUUCUUCUUUUAAUUAUCAAAAAGCGCCCUCUGUAAAAAAAACCUUGCAACAAACGUCUACGCGUGUUUCAUGAAAGUUUUGAUAUUUUCUACCUCCUGAUAUUUAUAAGAAGAUGUUGAAACCGAAUCCUGUGGUUUUCAGAAGCACUGGGAAAAUCCUCCGAAAAUUGGACCUAGGAAAUUCCGGGAGUUUUCCUGUCGGACGCACUGAUGACAAAACUGUUUUCCGCUGAAAAGUGCACCUUGCCAUGGGAAAACGUACAUUUUGUCAUGGAUUUUUUUCCUGGAAAAAAGCAUUGAUUUUGCCAUGGAAAAAAUCAGGAAUAAGCCGUUGGAAAGGAUUUUGUUAUAGUAUAUUUGUGGGAACCCUGGAAAAAAAAAAAACUGUACGGAAGAAUUCAAAUGCCAUUGUCUCAUAAAUUUGUACAUAGAAAUUUAAAACAGAAAUCUUGAUGUGGCCAGCACAAUGAUUGGCAGUAGUAUCGAUUUUGAGCGCUAAGCUAAGCAGGCAUCUUGAAUUUUUUUAGGCUGGUGCUUUUUAUCAAGGUGGAAGGUCUCAUGGCCAUCCAUUGGGUACAAGAUCCAAGAUGGCUGCAGCAUCUUACAAAAUGUCAAUACUUUUAGCAGUAUUCUUUUAACUCAGGAUAUUUCUUUCUGUGCAAAGCAUUUGACGUGGUGUCGAUGUUUGCCGCAGCACAAUAUCGGAACGCAUAAUUGCCUGCUGUGUGUGCAUAUUGUUUUGUCAAGCAUCCCCUCACAAACUUAAACAAAAUUAUAUGUGUAUGUAAUAUUUGGCAGCUGCAUUAGAAAUUGAAAACCCUUUUUUUUCCAACUCUCUUGAAGCUCAAUUAAAACAUUAUUAUUUUUUUUAUAGGUAUGUAGAUCUUAUGGUUUCAUGACUUUUUUUUACAGAAAAGGUAGCAGGAAAAAAUUAUUUGGACUUUUUUUGGAUCUGAAAAUGUGAAAUAUUAUAAAAGCAGCUGAGUUUUACAGAAAAAUCCAUGUAAGUGGGUACCCAUUGCAGUUUGAGAUUGUUUUUUUUUUUUACAAUUUUUUGAUAAAAAAAAUGGAAUGAUAUUUGAUCCUGGGACGGAUUUGAAACGAGUACAUGGCAAUACAUGAUUUGUGUACAUGUAUUGAUGAAUAUCAAUUGAAGUUGGUCCACAAAACAUUCAAGAUAUUCACCCAGUUACUUAUUUGCCCAUUUCAGUGAAGCAGAAUUGUUUGUCUAACUUGUUCCAAAAAACUACACAACCAUUUUUUUUUCACUGGUGCCGGCUUGCCAUAGGCAUUGUACCAACCCCUGCAUUAUGACUACGCACUGCUUAAAUAAACUAAUUCAAAAAUUCAAGUGGCAUCGCACUUGUGACUUAUGUUGAGAACAACCCUGCCUGCUAUCAGUUGUUUUACUUGUAUCGGUAAAAAAAACCAGAAAGCUUGUACAUUAAAGCAAAACGUUGUAUAAUCAAGCAGUGUUAAAACCAGCUCAUUAAAAAUUACAAAAAUUAAAAAAUGUAAAAAUCUUCAGGUAUAAAGAACAAGAUAAAAAAAAAACACACACAGGGACGGAUGUAAUCUACCUCACCACAUCAAAGCUAAUUUUAGCAAAAUCAAAAGGUGGCUUCUUGAAACCCCACAAAUUACAAGUCAAAUUAAUGAAUUGUGGAACCGACGCGUCUGGGAUGAUUUGACCCCUGACCUCAAUUAACAUACAAUUUUACAGCUAGGAAUCUACUUGGCAAAAAAGAAAAAAACAAUUUCUGUUCUUUGUACUUCAAGUUUUGGACUGCGAGCCAACAGUAAAAGUGGCGUUUUUUUGUUGUUUUUUUUUGUUGGAAUUUGGGUACAAUUUUUGUCUCGGCCUUGCUCGAAAUCGUCCAGUUUAAUGUUGUCGUCAAACACUUCUUGUGGAGAGACUGAGCAAUUACAAACGGAUGCAUGUCUUAGUAAGCUUUGUGUUGCCGUCAGAUAUAUUUUCGUGCUGAAAACCCACUUUGUACAAGUACCAACAAAAUUCUGCUACAAAAACUUCAUAUAAAUAUAUUUUGUAUAAUUUAAAACAGUAGGGUUGGUAUGAAUUCAAAUUGAGGACAGAACAAAUUUUUGUUUAAUUCUCCUUACAUUAUUUGUAUUUGGUUGAUUUUUUUUCCCUGCGUUUUAGUCUCUGAUCAGUCAGAAUUGUUUUGAUGUUUAUUGAAAUAAUCCAGCUUGGAUCUCAAUAUGUUGCUGCUUCCCAUUGCUGCAAAUGUAAAAAUAUCCCCUCGCUGAAAAAAAUGUAAAAAAGAUUAAAACAAAUUGUCUAAGAGAUUUUUUUAAAGAGAUGUAAGGCCAUGCCUGUUUAACAAUGAUAACCUGUGUAUUAUAGACCUGUAUAUAAUUGCUCAUAACCAGAUCACAUGUAGGAGUAUUUUACCACGUUGGUUUUUUUGACAUUGCAAGUCAGAUGCAUUAAUAAGUAAUAUUAUGGUCUCCGUGCACAAGUACCCCCUCAGUAGUCACGAACAGCGUGGCCACUCAUCAGAUUUGAAAAUCCCAAGAUGACCGCAGAAAAAUUCCCCCGAUUUCCCAAGGUCUCAUGAUGAUGUAUCAAAAUAGCAGCACAGACCCUAUUUUUAUGUGAAUGGGGCUCACUACGUGCUUCAAUUAACAUUUUGCGCAUGUGCAGUCCAUACUUUCAGUGUGUCCUCAAUACACAAAAAAAUCCCAAGGCGCAGCGAAAAAACUCCCAAGCCCCGGCCUAAAUUCCCAAGAUCUUUGGGAGAAAUCCCAAGGAGUGGCCACGCUGGUUAUGAAGGGAGAUUUAAGGGUGGCCACUGGUAGGGUUAUUUGAGCUCUGUGCCGACAGCGCCGUCAGUUCACGCAAAGAUCACCGUCAGCUCACGAGAUGCUACAGGGUGUGUACAUUCAGAUUAAGAAUGCGUGUCUUGCGCCACAUUAAGGGGUGUGCCCCUCCUACAGGGGUUUCCCAAAGCGCCCUCUGUUGUCCGUGCACGGGGUCCAUAGUAUCAGCAUUCCAUUGCCACAUCAAAGCCUACUUUUUAUAUGUAAAUUUGGAAACGCCUAAUAUAUAUGUAAACUUGGGGUCGGUGCAUGCCAAGGGUCUAAUACCAUUGUAGGUAAGGUUUCUUAAAAUUGGGACAAUAUUUAAAUACCAAAAUCUACUUCGCUGUAUGCUGUGUAGUUUUACUCUGACGAGAUUUUUUUUUAUCGCAUUGUGGUAUAAUUUAGGUCGUCACUUAAAAAAAAAAACAUUGAUGGCUUUUGUUGUAAAUACACACUUAAUGGUUAAUCACGGUGAUUAAUGCACAGAACGAAGUUUUAUCGUGAAUUUGUGAAAUUUCUGUACCUUGACAAAAAAAGUCUUUGGCCACUAAAAAGAAAAAAAAUGAGUUGACCGUUGGAAGCAAUAUUUGAUCAAGAUGCUUUGAAUGGUCAGCUAGUCACUGCACAAAAGUUGUCCUGUAACGGUAACUUUCGAUUCUUAAAAAGAAAAUAUAAACAUGAUACCACCAGACUGAAUUCUCAGGUGUUUAAACUAAAAUGUUCAGUAAGCAUUUCGUUAUUAAAAUAUUUUAGUUUGGAUAUUAGGGUAGGGCAGACAAAAACGACUGACUCUGAUGUAUUUAAAAACAAAAAAAAGUAGGAGUAGAAGAGAACGCUUCUGGAUGAAGCCCAAGUAGUUUGAAUUUCUGUUUGAUUUCUGUUCUGAAUUUAGAAUUAGCAUCUUUGUUGGUUGACCUUUGAACUUUGACCUCUGGGUCAGGGUCAGGAGAAGAGAGACCUGUUGACUAGAAACUGAAAUGGAGGCCAGAUUGUUUUUUUCUGUGAUCAAUCCUCGAAAAAAAACAAAACCAAAUGCUGUUAAGAUAGCCCUAUGCUGCCUGUUUAUUUUACAAAGAGAUGUAUAUAUAUUUUGCACAAAGUAGACACGUACAACCUCAAUUUAGAAAGGGAAAGACUGAGAAUUGUAGAUAAUAGACUGUUUCUGAGCUUUUAGAGUGGUAUGUUACUAACAGAAUUGACUGCUGUUGAAGUGUCGGCCAUCUUUGGGAAAAUCACCCCCCCCCCCCAAUUCUUUUUUUUUUUUUAUAAACUAGACCCUCUCUUCCUCUCAUACUGUGGAAUCGAAACAGUCAGCCAGGUACCCAAUACCUUGCAGGCUGUUUCAUGGUGAUCUGUAAUGUACAUCCAUUGGGUACUUGACCAAGAUGGCUGCUGCUUUACAGUAAUGGAUAGUGAGUUGUUUUUGGUCAAGUGUGAAUGGACAACUAGCUCCGCUGGUAUUCAGAUAAUAACGGCGUAACCUUUGGAGGGUUUUGAAGAAAUCAUGCCCCUCCAAAUCAUAUGCCCUCGAAAAAAGUUGCUGGUGAAAUUGUGAGUUGUAUUCGUUUUUUGCUUUUUUUUAUUUUUACACCCUACAUGUAGUAGUAAAUUGCCUCCAGAAUAUGCUAUGCCAUGCCAUUAAUGCUUUUGCUACAAAAUACCUUUUUAAGAUCAUACUUUUUUUUUCAUAUUCAAGAGUUGAAGCCUAAAAAUCAAAUGUGCAAAUGCCAGAUCAUGUGAUAAAAUGUUACACCAUCCCCCCCCCCCCCAAAUAUGGGCCAUGGUAAACUCUUGCUUUCGUCUUUGGAGGAGCACAACGUGAGCUGGUCUCGCAAACGAAUCCGUCAUAUAAAACGUAAUCAUACAAAGUUAACAAUUUUUAAAGAGGAAAAAAGUUUGAAAAAAAAAAUUAGUUUGAUCUCAAUUGUUACAAGUGACAUUUCAGAAUUAGCAAUCCAUAGAAACUUAAAGUAAUUCUUCUUAAAAUGCAGUUUGGUAAAUCAUUCAAAAUGUAAAGUUUUGUCAUUUUGAAUGAGACAGUAACUUUCUAGGAAUCACUUAAUAUAUUCUCAGUUUGUCUAAUCGAAGUAAAGUUAUUCACAUAAAUUUGUAUAGUAAUUUAGCCAAAUCAAUGCAAUUGUGCACAUAUUGGCAACUAUCCCAUCCCACCACCAAAUAGACCCCAAGAAUCAUCCAUAUGCAAAAAAAAUGCAUGAUUUGUCAUUCAUUGUUCAGGUCUACAUUAACGCUGUGACCACUGCGACAGUCCCUUCUUGAUAAGUAUAUUUUACGAAUAAAUAUUUUGUCUACAAAACUUGCCCCCUAACCCAUCCAAUUUUUAGACUUAACAGUUGAUGUAUACUGAUAAAUAAUGAAAAUUUAAUUGAGACACAAAUUCAUAAGCGAGGUUUAGCUAUGUGAGAUUUUCGGAGGCUGUUGAAAACCCAUAUGGUAACUUUAUUGUAUUCAUAUCAUUUCAGGGAUGUAUUGAACCUAUACAAGUAUGUAUUCAUUUUGACAUUUGAGGCAUUAGUCCCGUUUUUACCCUAGCUAGAGCAGUUCCAAAAGUGUCUGUGUUCUUUCUUUAAAUUUUUUUUUUUCUAAAGUUAAUUCCACCCACAUUAUAAUCUGACCCGUGACUUUACUGCAACUUGUAUUUGUUUGAAAUGCCCGAAACCUGAAGUCUUGUUCCCCGUCUCAUUGAUUGCCAAAUUUGCUUGUUGGUGAGGGAUUGGGAACCAGACAUUUGGAGGUUAUUUCAAAUAUUUUAAAAUCCUUCUGGUCGUCGUCUGCUUGUACAUUAUAGGAAGUUGUUUUUCCCGAAACAUAAAAAUAGAACUAGACGCUUACUUCUAGCCUAGGGAAAAAAAACGUGCGUUUGUUAUUGUUAAUAAAUUAGGUGUCAUGUGCUGUAAAUGAAAUUUGUACACGUUUUCAGGGAGAUAGUUUAGGUGCAAAAAAUAAUGUGGAAGUUGUUUAAAAAUGAUCAGUUACUGUGUUUUGUCACAUCUAUUGAAUAACAUAAAAAAACAAACGCACUGAGUUCUAUUUGUAGAUUAACUUUUGUAUGGAAAUGUGAUAACUGGCAAGUAUUCAAAUAAACAGAUUUAACUAUUAA